AUGGGGUGUGAGGAUGUGAGAGAUGCAUGUGGAGAGAGGGAGUGUGAAUUGAUGGUCCUGGGCCCUGGUACUGGAGACUUAAGGAUGGACAAUGUGACUUUGGAGGAUGUGGCCGUGUACUUCUCCUGGGAGGAAUGGGGUCUCCUUGAUGAAGCUCAGAGACGCCUGUACCAUGAUGUGAUGCUGGAGAACUUGGCACUGAUAACUUCUCUGGAUUGUUUGUGUGGCGUAGAGAAUGAGGAGGUGCCUUCUGGACAGAAUGUUUUUCUGGGAAGAAUGCCACAGAUCAGGUCUUCAGAACCGAAUCCAUCCACUGAGAAGGUUCACUUCUGUGAGAUGUGUGUUUCUGUCAUGAAAGAUGUUUUGUACCUGGCUGAGCAUCAAGAAACACAUACUGGGGAGAAGUCAUACACAUGUGUGGCAUGUGGGAAACACUUCUGUUUCAGUGCAACUCUUCACCAACACCAGAAUGAGCACAGUGGGAGAAAACCCAAUACCAAGGACAUGGACAGGGCUUCCUUUGUGAAGACCUAUAGAAGUCAUUCAUUAGGGAAGCCUUUCACCUGUGAGGUUGAAAAGGACUUCUUGGCCAGUUUGGGACUUCUCCAGCAUCAGGCCAUUCCCAAAGCAGUACUGAGUAUACACAACAGUACUAAGUGUGAGGGUUCCUUUCACAGUAGAAAAAGUUCUUACAAAUGUGGUGAAUGUGGAAAAGCCUUCUGUCGCAAACGUACACUUGUGCAGCACCAAAGAAUUCACACUGGAGAAGGACUGUUUGAGUGCAGUGAAUGUGGGAAAACCUUCAGCUACAAGCAUACAUUUGUUCAGCAUAAGACAGUCCACACUGGAGAAAAGCCUUUUGAGUGCAGUGAAUGUGGAAAGGCCUUCAGGUUCAAAUAUAAACUUGUUCAGCACCAACGUACUCACACUGGAGAAAGGCCUUAUGUGUGUAGUGAAUGUGGGAAAGCUUUUGGAUGCAAAUCCAAACUUGUUCGGCACCAGAGAAUUCACACCGGAGCAAGGCCUUAUGAAUGUGCUGAAUGUGGCAAAUUCUUUAGACAAAGUUCCAGCCUUGUUCAACAUCGGAGAAUUCACACUGGAGCAAGGCCUUAUGAAUGUGACGAAUGUGGGAAGUCUUUUAGCCAAAGCUCUAUCCUCAUUCAGCACCGGAGAGUUCACACUGGAGAAAGGCCAUAUGAGUGCAGUGAAUGUGGGAAAUUCUUUAGACAAAGCUCCAGCCUCAUUCAGCACCAGAGAGUUCACACGGGAGCAAGGCCUUACGAGUGUAGUGAAUGUGGGAAAUCCUUUAGCCAAAGUUUUAGCCUCAUUCUACAUCGGAGAAUUCACACUGGGGAAAGGCCUUAUAAAUGCAGUGAAUGUGGGAAAUCCUUUAGCCAAAACUAUAGCCUCAUUCAACACCAUAAACUUCACACUAGAAAAAGGCCUCAGGAGUGCAGUGAAUGUGGGAAGGCCUUCAACCGCAAAGACACACUCGUCCAGCACCAGAGAAUCCACACCGGAGAAAGGCCUUACGAGUGCAGUGAAUGUGGGAAAGCCUUCAGCCGCAAAGCCACCCUUAUCCAGCACCAGAGAAUCCAUACCGGAGAAAGGCCUUACGAGUGCAAAGAAUGUGGGAAAGCGUUUAGCCGCAAAGACAACCUUACUCAGCACAAAAGAAUUCACACUGGAGAAAUGCCUUACAAGUGUAGUGAAUGUGGAAAAUACUUUAGCCAUCACUCCAACCUAAUUGUACACCAGAGAGUUCACAAUGGAGCGAGGCCUUAUAAGUGCAACAAUUGUGGGAAAGUCUUCAGACACAAAUCCACACUUGUUCAACAUGAGAGUAUCCAUACUGGGGAAAAUCCUUAUGUUUGCAGUGAUUGUGGGAAAUCCUUUGGCCACAAAUACACCCUCAUUAAACACCAGAGAAUUCACACUGAGGCAAGGCCUUUUGAGUGCGUUGAAUGUGGGAAAUUCUUUAGUCGAAGCUCUGACUUUAUUGCACACCAGAGAGUUCACACGGGGGAAAGGCCAUUUGUGUGCAGCAAAUGUGGGAAAGAUUUCAUCAGAACAUCCCACCUUGUUAGGCACCAAAAAGUUCACACUGGAGAAAGGCCAUAUGAGUGCAAUGAAUGUGGGAAAGCCUAUAGUUUAAGCUCCCACCUCAUUAGGCACCAGAAAGUUCACACUGCAGGAAGGCUUUAGGAGUGCUUUCAACACAACGAGACUCAUAGGGAGAGGAGCUCUGUGAUUACCCUUUGAGAGGAAGACAUCAAUCAGAUGUUGAACCUCAUAUAUCAGCAUUACCACCAGGGAGAUACCUUAUGAAUGCCAGGUACAGGGAAGCUUUUCUGGGUUGUGUUGCACUUUCAAACAGGUCCUUGCCAGAUUUGUCACGCAAUGCCUGUGGCUGAAACCAUCUCAGCUCUACCAGCU